GCAGAGGGCAUUAACCCCCAGCCCCAGUCCGCCCAAACCAUUGAGGAGCAGGGCAGGAUAGGGGCAGGAGCAUCCACAGCACUCUGAGAAAGGAGGCCCAUGGAGAAGUUUCAAGCAGUGCUGAAUCUGCACCAUAAGCACCAGAGCGCGUUGGGCUACGGCGUGGUAACUCUGCUCACUGCGGGCAUGGAGCGCAUCUUCUCCACCGCAGUGUUUCAGUGCCCCUGCAGCGCAACCUGGAACCUGUCCUACGGCCUAGUGUUUCUGCUGGUACCCGCUCUGGCACUCUUCCUCCUGGGCUACGUGUUGAGUGCGCGCACGUGGCGCCUGCUGACCGGCUGUUGCGCGCCGGGCGCCCGCGCGGGCUGCGGCGCGGGGCUGCGCAGGACCCUGGUGUGUGCGCAGCUCAGCGGGGUCGCCGCACUCGCGCCUCUCACCUGGGUGGCAGUAGCGCUGCUCGGGGGCGCCUUCUACGAGUGCGCGGCCAGCGGAAGCAACGUAGUGGCGCGGCACUUGUGUCCCGGCGAUGACCCCGACUGUGCUGCCCAGCUGCCGCUGGUGCCCUGCAAUCAGGCCAAGGCUCCCGUGCAGGGCCUCCUGAAGGAGCUCAGGGCCCAGUCGCAGGUCCUGGGCUGGAUCCUGAUAGCAGCUGUUAUCAUCUUCCUUCUGAUUGUUACAUCUAUCAGCCAAUGCAUCUCUCCAGUUAGUUUUAUGCAGCUGAAAUUUUGGAAAAUCUAUUUGGAACAGGAGCAGAAGAUCCUCAAAAGUGAAGCUACACAGCAUGCAGCGGAAUUGGCAAAAGAAAAUGUUAAAUGUUUCCUUGACUGCUCACAGCCAAAGGAGUUCAACACCCCAACCAUGAAAGACUGGCAGCAGAUUUCAUCAUUAUAUACGUUCAAUCCAAAGGAACAGUACUACAGCAUGUUGCACAAAUAUGUGAACAGAAAAGUGAAGAGCCAAAGUAUCAGAUCUUCUGAAGGGGAUGCAGUGGUUCCUGUUCUUGGCUUUGUAGAUUCACCUGGUAUGAACGCCAUCGCCGAGUUAUGACCUUAUUUAUGUAUAGAAAAAAUGUUCUUUUGAGUUACUUCUUUAUU